CAGUGACUAAUCCACGGUCGCUGCGUGCUCAUUCUGUGGCAUGUGUGCGUGUGCGUGUGCGUGUGCGUGUGCGUGUGUGUCUCUGCGUGAGUGUGUACCGGGAAAGGAGAAAAUACGGAUGCAACACGUGGACGAUGUACAAGGCACACGAGCGAGUGUGUGUGUGUGUUUGUGCACUUACCCAAACCGUGAUACGCUGCUACUCGAGCUUCUCAGCAAAAGGCCGGAGCAGUGGAAAAAAGAAAAGGUGUGUGCCGGAUGCAGAAGCAACAAGGCAGGGAGUGCGACUGGCUCGCGUCUUGUCUCGGCGACUUGGGGCCAGGGUCAGCUCUUCCCCAAGGGAAUAGAGUUUGAGGGAUCUGUCGAUCAGCACAGGGGGGAUCUACCCGAGCCGAAGAACCUCUCUUUCAAUCUUUUUCGAGGUUGCUUCUUUCUCGUCGUCGCCACCUCGGCCCCGGCGUGCACUUUGACCAGUCUAUCUACCUGUGAGGAGAGACUUUUGAAGUCUGCUCAGGUUAGUAGAGCGAGUCGUCCAGGCAAGAGGAGUAUUUACCUACUUCUGCCAGCUUCACAGGCUCGAGGCGUGCUGGGAAUCGCCUGGCAGUCAGCCCUACUCUCGGGUUUUGCCAUUGUUCACACCGACUUCGGCAGGCAACGACGGUGUGAUGGUAUGGUCACCGCUGCUUGUGCACACCUCUUCUUCCCGCCUCCAAGAUAAAGAAUUUCCUCUGCAAAACCCGGCCUUAUCAGUUCGGUAACUGCCACGGUACCGACGGAGGGGGCGCCUUGCACGCCUGUCUGUUUUGUGUUCUCUUUGCGUUGUUUCUGUGAGCGCAAGGGGUCACAUUGUCGAUCCGUACGGGGGAAACGAACUGCUGGCACCCACCCUAGGGGGUCGGGGAAGUUGGUAACCUUUCCCUGCAUUCAAUAAUAAAAAUCCCUCGAG